AUGGUCUUGGGCCGUAGAAAGUUGGUGGCUUUUCCUACAACUAGUUUAGAUAUCAAUCAAGAUACAAGUGAUGAUGAGCGAAUAAGUGGUAGUGAAACGAAUAUUUCAAGUAAUAGUAAUAAUAGUUUUGAGGAUAGAAAAGUCAUAGAUAUUUGUAACAUUAAUAAC